AUGGCUGCGAAAAUUGCUGCAGCCCUGUACGACCCAUCGGCAGAUGACGAUUGGACUCAAUUUAAACCUGAAUGCUCAACAUUGGCAGGAAGUCAUGUCACAUUGCCAUUCCAAUUUGGAUUUGUGGUUAAUCCAUACUAUGUCAAUGAAGCCGGGGAGUAUGAAGAGCCUAUCGUUACUCCUGUUCCUAGACUGACUACCAAGUACUAUGAAACUUCGAGGGUCACUACAAUUACUACUCGUCAUGGUACAACUUUCACAACCUCUGAAAUAAACACUGUUCCUAAACCUACCAAAGCUGCAGUUAUUCAUCAAAUAUAUGAUGGACAAAUUCAGAAUUUUGACGAGCCUUGUGACGACGAAGUCGAAGAGCCCUGUGAUGAUUUCUACGAGGAACCGUGUGAAGAUACUUAUGAUGAAGAACCAUGUGACACACCAUGUGAAGAAGGGGAAGAGGAACCCUGCGAAGAAGGGGAGGAGGAACCCUGUGAAGAUGACGAAGAUCAUAUUUAUAAAAGGAACGACGAAGAUUGCGAUGAAGAAUUUGUUUCUCCUGUCUAUACCGUGGCCUGCUCUACCGACUCUGUACUCAAGAUGACUUUGACAGGUUCGAUUUUGAGAGAUGGGGAAAAUAGAAUCGGUAGCAUUGUUGGAAGCCGGCAAUUUCAAUUCGAUGGUCCAGUACCUCAGUAUGGUACCAUUUAUGCUGCUGGUUGGUCAGUAACUUCAGAUGGCCAAUUAGCACUCGGCGAUUCAACUAAAUUUUACCAAUGUGCUUCAGGAGGGUUCUACAAUAUAUACGACACUUCAAUUGCAGAACAAUGUAGUCCAGUUACAUUGGAUGUUGUUGAAAUUAUUGAGUGUGAAGGAGAAGCUGAUAGUUAUGAAGAUGUUUACUAA